CCAUCGCACCUUCGUCUGGUGUGGGUGCUGGAGUUGUGCAUCACGCGCCCCAAGUGGGACAACAUGAUCAUUUCCCUCCUGCGGUGGCCCACAUUUCGCAUGCCACUCAUGUUGGCCCAUACCCACCGCUAACUGCUGUCGCUUUUCCUCCACAACACCCAUCCGCGCCCCCCAUGCACCAUCAAUCCUUCCUGUCGGGGCAUUUUCCAGGAGUCAUGACCUCCAAUGUUACUUACACAUCGUACCAACCAUACCUCCAUCAGCAACACGGGGCCGGGCUAGUAACGAGCUCUGCUUCUCCAAUUCUUCCUCAAGCACCAAGUUUGUCGGUCGGUGACAAGCGCGUCGCAGAAGACCUCCGAAACCGUAACGUCAGGCGAAUUAAAAAGCGCUCCGGCAGGAUAGAGGAGGACCCGCUCUUUGAACCCAUGUUAGAUCAACAUGGUCGACACGAUGGGAGAUAUGUGUGUUCUAAAGAUGGCAAGCUCGUCCGUCCUAGCAGUUAUAAACGCCAUAUCAAGACAGAAAAACAUCUUGGUUACAAACCGGUGGCAUCUGUACUUCCCCCAUCCGAAGGGCAGGACAUUGCACUCGCAGAGGUCCACGAUACUUUGGCGGCUGAUGCGAUGCAAGAACCUCCUUUGGUGACACCCGUGCUUCCCCCAUCUGAAGUACGAGAGAUUACACUCGCAGAGGUCCGCGGAUGCAUUCCCUUUUGGAGGUGGAUUAAUGACACGGAGGGCCUCGUGGAUCCCCUCCCUCCCAUCGCUGAGCCUCCGUCCUCUCGCCUGCCAGAGGCCACGCUCGCAGACGCCGCCGAAGACCCGGAUAUUUGACGCCUCAUUAAUGAGAUAGACGACUUUGUAAUUCACGUAUAGCACCACACACUCUUUUCCUACUGUAUGGCAUAGCCCGCUACCACGUUCAUUUCUUUACCAACUACACACUAUCCUUUCUAUAUUUCCCUCGCUGUCGCCUAUUGACGUAUAGCACCACAC